GUUCCCAUAAUGCAACCCUGCUGACCACCUUCUACUGCUGUCAUCUUUGACAUUUGACUAUAGUGAAAUUAAUGCCGCCGCUGUUUACAAUUUUCUCUGAUUUAAUAAACAAUUUUGCGCUGAUAUUUUGCACUUUUGCUUUUAAAAUACCAUUUGUGCUUUUUUGUUCAUUAAAUAUACCAGCAAUUUAUAAUGUUUUACCACAUCUCCCUCGAGCAUGAGAUUCUCUUGCAUCCGCGUUAUUUCGGUCCACAAUUGCUGGAGACUGUUAAACAGAAACUUUAUACAGAAGUAGAAGGUACAUGCACGGGGAAGUAUGGAUUUGUGAUAGCGGUGACCACAAUCGAUCAAAUUGGCUCAGGUGUCAUACAGCCCGGACAGGGAUUUGUAGUGUAUCCAGUAAAAUAUAAGGCGAUUGUAUUCCGGCCGUUCAAGGGAGAAGUGCUGGAUGCAGUUGUAAAGCAAAUUAACAAAGUAGGCAUGUUUGCUGAAAUUGGGCCACUAUCCUGUUUCAUUUCACAUCACGUAUGUACACAACUUAAAAUACAAAUGCAUUUUUCUGGUGCACUUAUUAAUGUUAUGGACUCUUUUCCACUU